UGGGAGCAGCCAGCUUUAUAAAAGCUAGACGACUGUGGGACGAGCAUAAGUCUGUCUGAGAAUGAUGGCAAGAAUACAGACGACUUUAAUUUGCCUCCUUCUCCCCUGUCUCCUUCAGGAUUCUUUAAGUAGACAUGUCCCUCAUGAAGGUGGCCAUGCUUUGCAACCUCGCAUCCAGAGAGACAUAAAGAAUGUAGAUCCCCCUGUGGUCUUACAGGGGCCAAUAACUCAUGUAACGGAUGUAGACGCAAUCCUCCAGAAGCACAAUAUCACUCUACCAAAUGGCUACCUUGGUCAGUGCACUGUUGUGAACAGCUGUGAGGGUCUGAAAGAGCAACUGGUGGACACAAACAGACAAUUGCAGGAGAAAACCAGCCACACCAUUCAACUGGAACAAGAAGUGUUUAGACUGAAGUUCACAGUGAGACAGUUGAGAGUGAAGUCUACAACCUGCGGUCUGGAAACAUCAGAUCACAUUGCCAAACUGCAAGCUCAGUUGGAGGAUAAGAUGAGUCAACUGGAACAGAUGUCGCAUGACAAUGGAAACCUGGUUCUGAGGAUCACAGCUCUUACCUAUGAAGUGAAUGAACUACAGAAGAAGAACACAUCCACCUCAACUUCCACCAAGAUCACUGACCUACUGAGCCAGCUGGAGGAAAAUAACAAACAAUUGCAGUUUAAAACAGAACAACUGGAAAGGAACAGUCGCAGCGCUCAACGUAUUCUUGAGAUUAUUGAACUGCAGACCCAGAUCUGGGAGUUAGAGAAAACAAAUCACAGUCAGGAGACUUUAACCCAAAUCACUGUUCUACAGAGACAACUGGAGGCCAAGAUCAAUGAACUGGAGGGCAACUCCGAAGGGAGUGAUGACUCCAAAAAAGUGGUGAUGAUGAUCACAUUGGAGAAUGAGGUUACAGAGCUACAGAAAUGGAUCUCAGAGCUCACUGAGGAAUCCAAAACUAAAAUUACUGAUCAACAGAGGCAACUGAAGGAGAUGAACCAGCAACUAAUUGACAAGAUAUUACAACUGCCUGACAACAACACUAACACUGAACUAACUGAGGAGAUUUUAGCGUUGCAGAAUGCAAUAAAUAACCUAAACAUACAAAUAUCAAGUCUACAAAAGAAGACCAAUGCCCAACAUGCAGAGCUGCAGAAGACUUUGAACAACAAGGAAAAACAACAAGAAGCUUGGAAGAAACAACUGAAGGGGGAGGACGAGACUAGCGUACAGCUGAUUAUGAAGAUAAUUUCUAUAAUGAGGGAACAGAGGGAUUUACAGAUACAAACAACACAACAGAUGCAGACAACAGCAGCCCAGAUCACUGCACUUCUGCAACAAGUUCAGGACAAAGAGGACGAGAUUGACAGAGUUCAGGCUGAAAACAAAGACCUGCAGAAACAGCUGAAGGAGAAUAAUGCAACGUGUUUCAGUCUCGAGAACAAAUAUGACCGGGUGAGGGGUGAAUUAGAGGACAAGAUAAACUUACUUAACAGUCAAAAUUCAGGCAUCUCCAAACUAGUUCUAAGUAUCGUGGCUCUGAAUGAUGAAGUGAAGUGGCUGAGGACUCAAAUAAUUUCUCCAGAAGCCGCAGACAAGAUCGAUGAGCUGCAGAAGAAACUGGAGCAGAAGAACCGAGAAUUAAAAACGAAGAGCAACGAACUGCAGGAAAAAAGUUCAAACGGACAAAGGAUUCUGAGAAUAAUUGAGGUGCAGAAUCUGAUAUGGGAGUUCCAGAAAGGAGUGGCCACUCAGAGCAACAUUUACCAGGUUGCAGUGCUACAGAAAGAGCUGAAUGACCUGACUGCUGAAAUGGAGGACAAGGCCGAUGACGACUCAAAACUGGUUCUGACGAUAACCACAUUACAGAGUGAGGUGGUCAACCUACAGAGAAUGCUGUCAGCUCUCAGUCAGUCAACCGCAGCCCAGAUAGUUCGGCUGGAGAAGCAGUUGGAGGAUAAGAAGCAGUUGGCCAAGCUGGUUGAGCAGAGUGGAAAGGGUCCAAAAAUGUCAAACCUUGAGAAUCAAAUAAGUGAAAUAGAAAAGAGAAUAGCAGAGCUAAAAGAAGAAAAUCCUGAAGCCAAGAUCACUGAGCUGACAACACAGCUUAAGGAAAGCGAGAGGCAGCUUGAGGAGAACAUAAAAAGACUGAAGAAGAAAGACAGCAAGAAUUCUUACAUGAUUAUGCAAAUUCUUCAUCUACAAAGGAAACUCAGAGACAUACAAAAUGCUGCAUCUCAGCAAUUCAAUGAAACUGCUGCUGAUGUUACUGCGCUUCAGGAACAACUAGAGGCCAGAGAGGAAGAGAGCGCCAGAUGUCAGGCCCAGAACAAAGACUUGGAGAAGAGGCUGGGCGAUAAGGAUGCACAGUGCUCUGGACUCCAGGACCGAUAUGACAGUCUGCAAGAUAAGCUUGGUUCUGCAAUGAAUAAACUGGAUAAUGUAACUGGAUACAACGAUAAACUCGUUCUUGAGGUAUGGACCCUGACUAAUGAGGUAGACGAUCUAAAGAAGAGAACUGUGACUUCUGCAGCUACGAUCAAUGAGCUCCAAAAGUUGCUGGAUGCGAAGAUCAAAGAACUGGCAAAGAAAACACAGGAACUGGAGGAUAACGCUCCUCAACCAGAGAAUAUUCUAAGGAUCAUUGCAAUACAGAAUGAGAUCUUGAACCUGCAGAAAGGAGUUAGCAAUGGGACAAACUUUGACCAGAUUGCUGCGCUUGAGAAUGAACUGGAUGCAUUGAUUGCCACAAUCGAGGAGAAGAACAAUGGCAACUGUAAACAGAUUCUGCAGAUCAUUGCACUCCAAAAUCAAGUGACAAGAUUACAGAGGCAAGAGUUAGAGUUCAAUCAGUCAUCUGAGGCCAAGAUUGCUGAGCUAGAGAAUCAGCUACAGGCGACGAGAGACCAGCUGAAUGAAAAGAACGACGAGCUGAAAGAAACUGACAGUAGAAUUCCACAACUCAUUGCAGAGAUCAUGGGACUUCGUAACAAACUGACAGAGUUAGAAAGAACAUUAUCAGAGCUCAAACGGACAAGUGCUGACAAGAUGGAAGAUCUACAGAGUCUACUGAAGCAGAAGAGCAAGCAGCUUGAAGAAAACACUACACAACUGAGGGCUGUAGAUGCCAAAAAUGCAGAACAGAUUCUGAAGAUUAUUGAACUCCAGAAAGAAAUGAAAGCGAUACAAACGGAAGCUUCAAAAGCCGAAGAUAAAAGUGUAUCAGAAAUCUCUGAGCUACAGAAACAACUUAAGGCCAAAGAGAAGCUGAAUGCAAGACUAGACUCCAAAAACAGAGAGCUGGAGAAAUUUCAGAAGGAAAUGAAAAUGGAAUGUGAUGAAAUCCAGCACAGGUGCAAAGAGGUACAGCUUCAAAAUGAUCAAAACCAAGAGGACUUGCUUAAAAUGCAGCAGCAAUUGCGAGAGGAGGAGGCAGCCUUCAAUAGACUGCAGCAGCAACUCAGAGACAGCAAGGAUGACAAUGCCAGACUACAGGGGAGAAAUAAGAGUUUGCAAGAGGAGAAUGACAAACUCAAGAUGAAUUUACAAGAUCUUCUGGUAGAUCCAGAAACAAUUGUCCAUAGCACUAAGGUGGCCUUAGACCCGGACACAGCCCAUCCUAAAAUCAUUCUGUCAACGGAUGAGACAGAAAUGUCUGUAGCACAACAGCGACAGAAUGUCCCCAACAAUCCAGAGCGGUAUGACUUGUCUCUUGCUGCUCUUGGAAAGACUGGGUUUAACAGGGGGAGAAAUUACUGGGAGGUUGAAGUGGCUGGGAAGACAUGUUACAACAUCGGAGUUGCCAGAGGAUCAGCUAAUAGGAAGGGGCAGCUGAAACUAAAACCAGCAGAAGGCUACUGGACCAUAAUCUUGACAAAACAAGGUGUGCUCAAAGCCCUUGCAGCUGGGCCACUUGAUAUUCAGCUGCCUGAGCUCCCCCAGAAGUUUGGAAUACUAUUAGACUACAAGAAGGGAGAGGUCUCUUUCUACAAUGCAAAUACCAGGUCUCUUCUCCAUACAUUCACAGGUAAUAGAUUCACAGAUAAACUAUAUCCAUUCUUCAAUACCUGUCUGGAGACUAAUGAUGAGGAUGCUCCGAUUGUCUUAACUCCUGUUGGUUCAGUGUCAUGGAUACAGUAGAGAAUGCAUUUGACAUCAAAUUAAUUUCAGUAUAAAAAUCACAUUGCUUUCCUUCACAAAAAAUAAUCUUAAAUGUAAUUAUUUCUGUGGUAUUGAUUCAAGAUGAUGUAAUUUCAAUUAUGCAUUUUCAAUCAUUCAUCAAAUAAAAUAUUGCACCUGA